CUGAUAGGUGGCACUGACUGGCACUCAUGGGUUACACUGAAAGGCAGCUCAGAUGGGCACUGAUAUGUGGCAUUGAUGUGCACUGGUAGGCACUGAUAUGUGGCAUUGAUGUGGCACUGAUGGGCACUGGCACUAGGCACUGAUGGACACUGACAAGUGGCACUGCUGGGGCUACACUGAUCAUCAGGGCACACUGAUCAUCAGUGCUCUGCUGCUCUCCUCUCCUCUUCUCUGUCAGCUUGACAGCUCGAGAGGAGAGAAAUGCCAAUAACCGGCAUU